UCUGUGUGUGUGACAUAAACCACACGCUUUCAACAUGGCUGCGCCCACAAAGAGCACGGAUGCUUCAAUAUCAGUCACUACGGGUCAUUCGGCAACUGUUUCAGCUGCGGAAAAUGUUCCACUUCAGUAUAGUCUUAUCCUGGAUCACCUUAUCGGUGACAAAAGGCAAAUUAAAGACCUGAAUCCGACUGUUAUGGGUGCUUUACCGAGCCCUCAGAAAACAGAGGAGCAGAAGAUGAUCGAGAGGGGGAUGGAGAGCUGCGCGUUUAAAUCACUCAUAGCAUGUGUCGGAGGGUUUGUGUUGGGAGGUGCUUUUGGUGUGUUCACAGCUGGUAUUGACUCCAACGUUGGGCUUGAUCCCAAAGACCCCCUAAGGACCCCCACAGCAAGAGAGGUGCUGAGAGACAUGGGGCAAAGAGGAAUGUCAUAUGCUAAAAACUUCGCUAUAGUGGGUGCCAUGUUUUCAUGCACAGAGUGUCUCAUAGAAUCACAUCGUGGGAAAUCUGACUGGAAAAAUGCAGUGUACAGUGGCUGUAUUACAGGAGGUGCCAUUGGAUUCAGAGCUGGACUUAAAGCUGGGGUUCUUGGCUGUGGAGGUUUUGCUGCGUUCUCUGCUGCCAUUGAAUACUACCUCAGAUGAACAGCAGCUUCAGGACUGUUACCGUGUACUGUUGUGAGUUCAUCACAGUAUAAUGGAAGACAUUAUCACAGGGGACAGUGUGUAGUCUUCUUCUGUCCCAGCAAACAAGAGGCGUUCCAUCCCUCCAGAAGAGAGUGGACCAAUAGGACAACACUCAAGCUUUCUGACAAUUGUUUUUUUUUUUCCCUGAGGGAUGUCCUGAUCGUUCUGUCAGACCAUCUGAUGAUGCACAUCACCUAGAAACCUCUUAGGAUGAUAUUUGUACAUAAUUGGACCUAAAAAUGAUAUGCUUUGAGCUGGUUGUUGCACUGAGCAAAAUAAGAUGAAAUGUACAGUGGUAUACUUUGUCUGUGGAAGAAAUAAUAAAGAGUGGUAUCAAGUAGGA